AUGAAUUCGGUUAGGUUUGGAUUGUCAGCAGUCACUCGGUCUUCCAUGCAGUUGUUUGGCCGUGCGUUUAUAUCAUCGUCAUCUUGUGCUGCACAAAAAUUGGACAAAUUUGAUUCUGAUGCUCCUCAGUCAAAAGAUUUUCCCUCUUCAAGAAAAUCAGCUAUGAGUUUCAAUCAAAUACAGUUAAUUGGUGGUUGUAUGGAUAAACCAAAAUUGCGAAUUUCUAAUAAAGGAACUGAAUUUGCCACUUUCUAUGUGAUAACGAAUCACAAUAGAAAAAUGAGAGAUGGCUCUUGGUUUGAAGAAUCUAUGAAGCAUACUGUUCAGGCUUAUGGUAAUUUAUCGAAAAUUGCAAUGUCUUACAUUGAAAAAGCUAUACAACUUGAUGCGAUGUUGGAGGCACACAUUGGGAUACCGUGUCUAAAUAUGUCGUUUGAUUCACCCGUUAAUCUUAGAAUUAUUUGGGAAAAUACUGAUGGAACAAGAGUUUAUAUCAUGGGACGUUUACGUCCUUACCGGUUGCAAUUAGAAGAUGGUGGAAUCAUUACGUUAUCAACUGUGGCAGUUGAUAAGAUGCAGAUUAUUUCACAUAAAAGUACUUUAUCUAAUCGUGAUUUAGAACAUGAUAUUGAUGAUGAUUUCGGUGAAGAUGAACAAGUUAAUGUUGAUGCUGAUUUGGAUGCUGCAGUUGACAAGAAAUCUGCAAAAGAUUAUAUGGAAAAUAUUGAUAAAGCAUCCAAAAAAUCGUCCGCUUAA